GCAUCACAAGAUGGAACCAGAUAUGGAGAAUUUGAUUCCGUCCAAAGGAAUUCUCAAGAACGAGGAACUCAAAAAGUACAUCCUUGAAACAAUGGCAUAUCCAAGAGAGCAUGAAGAGCUCAAGAAACUACGAGAAGCUACGGUCCAAAAGUAUGGCAAUUUAAGCGAGAUGGAGGUACCGGUUGAUGAGGGACACUUUCUAUCGAUGCUUUUAAAAAUGAUGAACGCCAAGAACACGCUAGAACUCGGUGUUUUCACGGGCUACUCGUUGCUCGCGACGGCCCUUGCAUUGCCUGAAGAUGGCCGUAUUACUGCAAUAGAUAUUGAUAAAGAAGCUUACGAGAUGGGUUUAGAGUUCAUCAAGAAUGCUGGUGUUGAUCAUAAAAUCAACUUCAUCCAAUCCGAUGGUCUUCAGGCCUUAGACAAGUUGCUGACCGAGAAUCCAAAACCGGAGUUUGAUUUCGCAUUUGUGGACGCUGAUAAACCAAACUACGCUAACGCCCUCGAGAGACUAAUGAAGCUGGUGAAGGUAGGGGGAAUAAUAGCUUUUGAUAACACAUUGUGGUUUGGGUUUGUGGCCGAGGAAGAGGAGACUGUGCCAGUGCACAUGAGGGUCAACAGAAAAGCCCUCAUGGAGUUGAACAAGCAGCUCGCUUCUGAUCCUCGCAUCGAGGUCUCUCAAGUCUCCAUUGGUGAUGGUGUCACUCUCUGCAGACGCCUUGUGUGAUUGAAAGAGACUCAUCCAAUGUUCUUGGUUUUUUUACUUAAAAUCAACUUUUUAAGAAUAUUUUUAAUUCUCUCUUGUCUCUUUAAUCAAGUUCUUGUUCAUUCCGUGUUGCGUUUGUGUGUGUGUGUUGGAUUAUGCUAAAGAAUAAAGAUUUGUUCCUUUUUUCA